AUGACGGAGGGACAGAGACUGUCUAUAGGGCUCCCCCUCUCUGUGUCUGCAGGGAGGGACAGAGACUGUCUACAGGCUGGGGACACCUGCUCAAAUGAUGAAGCGUGCAGCCCUCGUCUGCGGACGCUGAGACAGUGUGUGGCGGGGGACGGCAGUGUGAAGCUGGGACCUGGGGCCAGGAACCAGUGUGAGAACGCAGUCACGGCACUGCUCUCCUCCCCGCUCCACGGCUGCCAGUGUAAACGAGGCAUGAAGAGAGAGAAGAACUGCCUCAGUAUCUAUUGGAGCCUGCACCAGUCUGUCCUGCAUGGACUGAGCCUGGUGGAGAGUUACCCCUAUGAACCAGAGGCGAGGGGCUUCGACUACGGACGCCUGGCCUCCAUCGCUGCAGGUGAGUCUGUUGGCAUAGCGACGGUGAACCGUUGCUUAGAUGCGGCGAAGAUGUGUAACGUUGACGAGACGUGUCAGAAGCUCCGUACAGAGUAUGUUUCCGCCUGCAUCCAGCCGUCGGCCCGCUCAGGCCCCUGUAACAGGCCCAGGUGUAACAGGGCUCUCAGGAAGUUCUUCGACCGGGUCCCUCCUGACUACACCCACGAGCUGCUGUUCUGCCCCUGUACAGACACGGCGUGCGCUGAGAGACGGAGACAGACCAUCAUACCAGCCUGCUCCUAUGAAGACAAGGACAAACCUAACUGUCUGGCUGCACUGCGACUCUGCAGGUCUGACUACGUCUGCAGGUCCCGCUGGGCCCAGUUUCAGUACGACUGCCAGCCGUCAGAGCACGUUGCCAGCGGCUGCAAACAGGACAACUACGCAGCCUGUCUCCUGGCCUACACCGGCCUCAUGGGCAGUACUAUAACUCCUAACUACCUUGAUAACUCAACGUCUAACGUGGGUCCGUGGUGCUCCUGCUCGGCCUCCGGGAACCACCGGGAACAGUGUGACGACUUCCUGGAAUAUUUCCAUGAUAACGUCUGCCUGAAGAAAGCCAUGCUGGCGUUUGGGAACGGGACAGACAAGCAGUCCUCCACUGGAGCCAUGCCCAGCCCUGCUCUCGCUACCCUCAACAACCACAUCCAGCGCCUGGCAACCACGGUCCCUGGCAUCACCAUGGAAACAAAACAGAAUGUCCUGAGAGCACAGAUACCCACUGAGGUGAAUGAGAACGAUAGACUGUGGGGUGAUGAUGAAGACUGGACCCUGCCGUCCCCAGGGCUGGUGGACCAUGGAGCCCCUCCCCUCCACCUGUCUGCCCUGGGCUGGACCCUUCCACUGGGCCUCUCCCUGCUGCUCAGCUACCAGUAGACCCUGGUUUGGGCCUGGUCCUGGGGCUCCAUAGACCACACUACAGUCCGACUGACCUGGGGGUGGAGGGAGAGAGAGAUGUAAAUGUGUAAAGGAAGAGGAAUGGAUUUUCUCUCCUCCUUACUCCCCCCUUCACAAACCACUCUUCUCUCCCCCUUGCUCCCCUUCACAAACCACUCUUCUCUCCUCCUUACUCCCCUUCACAAACCACUCUUCUCCCCUCCUUACUCCCCUUCACAAACCACUCUUCUCUCCUCCUUACUCCCCUUCACAAACCACUCUUCUCCCCUCCUUACUCCCCUUCACAAACCACUCUUCUCUCCUCCUUACUCCCCUUCACAAACCACUCUUCUCUCCUCCUUACUCCCCCUUCA